AUGAAAGCUCGGACAGCAAUGUACAGAAAUGGUGAUGUCACCCGCAAACGCAUUGCAUUUCACUUUGUGAAGCCUGGCCAAAAGAGUCAUGGCAAACAGCGCUGCUACCGCACUGCACCAAGGAUUUCCAACUUCGAACGCUUGGGUUGGACGCGCUCCACGGAUGAGGACUUCGACGUGUACUGGGCCUCCGUUCAUAAUGUUCGAGGGCUUUUCAAUCCAGAAAAUUUGUCCAAACGUCUCCGAGAUGGUCAGGUUGUGAACCACUUUCCCAACCACUAUGAGCUUACCAGAAAGGACCUAAUGGCAAGGAACAUCAAGCGCUACCGACGUGAGCGAGAACGGCAGGAGCAGUUGGCUGUGGCAGAUGGCAUGGACCUGAACCCAAGAAAGAGAGGUCAAUCAGAGCCAAAUCUCGCAAGCUUUGAAAGAGUACCGUUGGAGUGGGUCCCAGCGACUUACUCCCUUCCGAACGACUAUGCUUUGUUUGUCGAGGAGUUUCGGAAGAGUCCAAACUCAACAUGGAUUGCAAAACCAACAGGUAAAGCACAGGGCCGUGGAAUUUUUCUGGUCUCAAAACUGAACCAACUCAAAAGGUGGUCGAAUCCUGGCCAGAAGGAGAAAAACCAACAAGGUCAGCCACUUCCCUUUCGGGAACCGUACAUCAUCUCACGUUACAUCAGCGAUCCAUUACUUGUGGGGGGCAAGAAGUUCGACAUGAGGCUGUAUGUCCUGGUCACCAACUACAAACCAUUGAAGGUCUUCUUGUACCGUGGUGGCUUUUGUCGUUUUUGUGUCGAGCAGUAUAGCACAGAUGUUGCGGAGAUCGACAACAUCUUUGUGCACCUGACCAAUGUAGCCAUCCAGAAACAAGCAGAGGAUUACAAUGAACAACAUGGAGGGAAGUGGGCGAUCAGCGACCUGAUGCUCUUCAUUGAAAGCACGCGAGGAAGAGCUGCCAGUGACAAGCUUGCAUCAGAUAUGGAGCAAAUCAUAGUCCAUUCAUUGAAGGCUGUCCAGAACGUCAUUGUGAAUGACAAGCACAGUUUCGAGAUGUAUGGCUUUGAUGUCCUAAUCGACAAGGAUUUGAGGCCGUGGCUCUUGGAAGUCAAUGCUUCGCCUUCAAUGACAACUACAACUGAGGAUGAUCGGCUUCUAAAGUUGCGGCUCAUCAACGAUGCUCUAAACAUCGCCAUCAGCGAAAAACGUGGACCGCCUGAAGGCAUAGAUGAUGAGUUUCCCACGGUGCUUGGGGACUUUGCAUGUAUCUUUGAUGAGAAGCCAAAACAUGAGAAACGACCUCCUCCUCCUCCUCCUCCUCGU